AUGUGCAGAGUGAUCAGCCUUCUGAUGCUGCUGAUGGUCUUCCUGGCUUACGUGGUUGUCCAGGCUGAAACUCCACCCACGUACGCUGCAUGGAACCCUGACCAUGCAAUGUCCCUGCGAGCAGACACAGCCCAGUGUGGAGGGGUGGUAGUGGAGCUUGAGUCUGAUGACAUCAGGGAGGCUCGGGCCAGGAAGGCCAGGAGUACAUCAGGGUCAGCCCUCAUCUACCUCAGGGGCCCUAAAUUCCUGAUCUACGUCAGUGGGGCACUGUCCAUGUGGGGUGACCGUAUGUGGCACUUUGCCAUUUCGGUGUUCCUGAUCGAGCUGUAUGGACGUAACCUGCUGCUGACCGCAAUAUUCGGCUUGGUGGUGGCGGGGUCAGUGCUGCUGUUAGGGGCGUUGAUUGGGGACUGGGUUGACCGCAACCCCAGGAACAAAGUGGCGCAUGCAUCCUUGUUGGUUCAGAACAUUUCAGUGACGGUGUGUAGCAUUGUGCUGAUGUUGGUCUUCUUAUAUAAACAGUGGAUUGAGAGCAUUUGGGAUGGCUGGUUAACUGUGGUUUGUUAUACGGUGGUGAUCGUCCUGGCAGAUGUGGCUAACCUAGCAAGCACAGCGCUGACCAUCGCCAUCCAGAGGGACUGGAUUGUGGUUAUCACUGGAUACAACCGGGGGCACCUCGCCGGAAUGAAUGCUACCAUGCGGCGCAUCGAUCAGGUGACAAACAUCCUGGCCCCGCUGGCGGUGGGACAGGUCAUGACCCUGGCCUCCAACGUGAUCGGCUGCGGUUUCAUCCUGGGCUGGAACCUGGUGUCCCUCAUCGUGGAGUUUAUCUUCCUGUCCCGGGUCUACCGCAUUGUCCCUGCGCUGUCCGUCAAACCACCUGCGCCCGAGGACGGCCAGGCCUCCCUGGAGAGACCAGCAGAGAGGACGGAGGGACUGGUGGAGAGGAGGGGGUCACAAG